UAUGCUUAUGGGUGCCUCAGAUUUAUUCACUCUAAUUUUAUUUGUGGAUCUGUAUGGUUAUCCAUACUAAGUUCCUAAACGUGAAUAUCACAAUGAAAAAGUCGCUGAUACUUUACAUACUUUAUGUUCUUAUUCUUGUUGAAACAAAGCCCUCUUGGUAAGGUUCAGCAAAUAAUAAAUAUAUUUAAAUUAACUAAAUUGACGAUUUUUUCUAAGUACCGACAAUGAUUUACAUGCUCUGAUACUUGCACGUGGAGGAAGUAAAGGAAUUAAGAAUAAAAAUAUGGUUGAAAUUGAUGGAUUAUCUCUAUUAUCGCGUACUAUACUGACUAUCAGAAAUUCUAGUUGCUUUCAACACAUUUGGGUUUCUACGGAUGACAAGAAAAUUGCAAUGGAAGCUGAAAAAUAUGGUGCUCGAGUACAUAUUCGACCUCCGCAUUAUGCAAGAGAUGAGUCGUCAUCCAUUGAAGCUGUUAUGGAGUUCCUGGAAGUUCAUAGCAAAGUUCAAAAUUUUUCAUUGUUUCAAUGCACUUCGGUUUUCCUAAGAGAAAACUAUAUUCAAGAAGCGGUCGAAAAAUUUCAGACACAUGAUUGCGUUUUUGCUGUAAAGAGAAUUCAUUACUUACGUUGGAAAAUGGUUGAUGAUAAAAUCCUGCCUGUGGGCUUUAAUGCGGAAGCGCGUCCUAGAAGGCAAGAUUGGUCAGGAGAUUUGGUUGAAGCAGGAAUGUUUUAUUUUUCAAAAAGAAAACUCGCAAUGAAAGGAAUUUUUCAAAAUGAAAAGUGUUCUGUUGUUGAAAUUGCACCGGAGGAUGGUCUAGAAAUUGAUUCCUAUCGAGAUCUCACGAUAGCUCGCAGUAUUAUAAAGGAUGAGUUAUAGAAUACAUGGGUCAAAUGUAUUAAUUAACUUAACACCAAAAAUACAAAAAAUCUUGAUUUUAUUCAACUUUGUAGUACUUGAAAAAUCAAAUUUUUG